AUGACCUCAAUUAUUCAACCGUCAACACAAUCCUCGUCUUUUUUAUCGUUAUCAUUUGAACCACAUGUCCGAAAUAAAGUUUUACCAUUAUUGUCACAACAACAAAUACACAGUUCAAAGAAUACUCGGCAUGUUAUCAAUUGUAACCAUUUAUGCCACAAAUCAUCAGCGGAUGGGAACUUAUUGAAUAAUAUGACACACCCACAUGUAGUUAAACAUCAUUUGUCUUGUAAACCAAAGGCUACUCCGACUAAUAUUCCAAAGACAUUACUUUUAUCUCCACCACUACCAAUACGUCGUAGACCCUGUGAUUCACUAACAUCACAUCGUUGUUCAAGAGGUUCAACUAGUCGAUCAUUAUCUUCGGAUCAUUGUGAACGCAAUCAUUCAACUUUAGAUGAUGAAUACUUCCAAACAAAAACUUCUUUUCAGUCAUUAAAUUCAACUACAAAUAAAUUAAUCAAAUCGCAAUCACCUCCAAUGAAAUUGAAAAAGUCUUCACAUUUUAUAUCAUUAACUAAAAGCAAUGAAUUUAAUUCAGAUGAUUUAUUAUGUACUAAAAAUGAUGCAAAUCAUCACCAGAUUGCUAAAGAAGAAUUUUCACGUCUUCCUGUUGGUUUUCGAUGGAAUUACAUUUUUGUAAAAUUAUCCAAUUGGUUUCAACGUGUACAUACAAUAAAUUGUUCAAGAACAUCAUCAGAUCGUGUAUCAUCUUCCAUACCGAUACAUAAUAAUAAAUCUGCCUCUAUUUCAAAUUCCUAUCAUUAUCAAAUAAGAAAAUUUGAACCGAUUAGAUCACGAAGUCAACCAGAUGAAAAAUCUGGCAAAAUUAAAUCUAACCUACAUAAUAAUAAUAAUUUUUGUAGUGAUUCUAAAACAAAAAUACAAUUAUCAAGUGAAAUUAAUAAUUCUAAUCGAAAUAUUUUAUCAUCAAAUAUUGAAUGUAUAAACAAUUUGAAAAAGGGAAGUUUACCAUUCUUUUCAUCAUCAUUAAUAUCUAAUGAGAAAUCAGUUGAAAAUUUAAUAGGUUUUUGUCAUACUGAUCAAUCUCCUAUAGUUUCCAAUAAUAAUUCUUGCAGUAAUAAUAAUAAUAGUAAUUCAUGUUCGUGUUCAAUUAUGUCUCUCAAUGAUUUAACAUACAGUAAAUUUCAUGAAAUCUCUCCAAAAUAUAGUGAUAUAAAUUGUUUUUGUACUCAAAGUUGUCCAAUAAAUUCACAUCAAUUAAAUGAAAUACAUCUUGAUAAUGAGAUAUCGUUUACAUCAUGUGUAUCUGAUUGUUGUUUUUGUCAAAGAUACCUCAAUUACUGUGAUCAUAAUCGGUUAGUUUCAUUUUCUUCUAAUAAUCAAUAUGAACAAGAUGAUCGAAUUGUACAAUCAUCACAUUAUCAUGAUCUAAAACAACAGUAUUACCACCAUUAUUAUUCUUGUCAACAUCAUCACCAUUAUCACCAUCAUCAUCACCGUCGACUACAACAUCAUCAUCAUCAUUCAAGUCAUGAUUUCAAUCAACGUCAUAUAAAGUUCACAAAUAAUCAACACACAACAAAUACAUGUACAAAUUAUCCAAAACAAAACAAAGCUGUAAGAAAUUUUCAUUUGAAUUUAGAAAACCAAUAUACUACUAUUGGUCAACUAAAUCAAAUGAGAUCUGAUUGUAGGAAAAUAUCUCCAUCGGAUAAUAAAAAAAUUGAUUGUUCAUCACCUGUUAUCACUUUACAGUGUUUAAAUUUUACAGAAAAACAAUCAAAUAGAUUGGACGAUAAUAUUGGCAAUGUAACAAGUGUAGAUAAUAAUAAUAAUAAUAAUAAUAAUAAUACAAUAGAUAAUGAGCAUUCAAUGAAUACAAGAAAUAUCUCAUCAUGUUUCAUAGAUCAUCAUCAACAUCAUAAUCAAACGCUUGUACAAAAUCCUGAGCAUGACGUUGUUGAGCAUAUGAAUGAAGGUGACAAAAUUAUUAAAUGUGCAAACUCAGAAAUUAUAUGUUCAAAUUUAGUUAAUGGUAAAUCUUUUGAUGAAAAAGUACAUUCGACGAAUAUUUCAAAACCUGAUAUUACUACUACUACUACUACUGCUAAUACAUUUCUUCAUCAAAAGUUUGUAACAGAUUUGAUACUUUUAAAACGCAUUGGUUGGUACUGGGGUCCAUUGACAGUGGAAGAAGCUGAAUUGCUAUUAAAAAACUGCACAGAUGGAACUUUCCUUGUACGUGACAGCAGUCAUGAUUCAUAUAUUUUAAGUGUCAGUUUUCGCUCUGGUGGUCAAAUUUAUCAUACAAGGAUUGAACAUCUGGCUGGUAAAUUUAGCCUGGCUCUGUUAAAUGAUUUAAAUGACAAUGUUUCAUCAAGUGUAGCUGAAUGUAUUGAACGUGUAAUGGUUGAUUCUUUUCAAGAUCGUAUGCAUUUUUUACCAACUCUUGAUGACUCUUCACUAUCUAUUAAUAUUAAUACCAGUGUACAGUUUAUUAAUAAUGAUCAACAUCAAUCUGACCAACAUCGGCAACUUCAACAAUUUAAUAAUAAUAAUAAUAAUAAUAAUAAUAAUAAUAAUAAUAAUAAUAAUAAUAAUAAUACAUCACAACCAUUCGAAUCCACACGCCGUUCUACCUCUACUACACAUAUUAAAGCUUCUUUAAUUCAUCCAUUGUCACGUUUUUUAAUUGUUCCAUCAUUAGUACAUUUAUGUCGUUUUGAAUUGCUAUUACAUGUUCGACAUGAUCAUAUUGAUUUAUUACCAUUACCACCUCAUAUAUUACGUUAUUUAAAAGAAAGUCAAUAUUAUGCAGAAUUUAUUCCAGCUUAUUUAGAAUUAUUAACCAAUAUGAAUAGUAAUAAUGAUAAAGUUUAAUCACAAUUCUAAUAAUAAUAAUAAUAAUAAUAAAGUCAAUUUACAUGGAUUUCUUUGUUUUAUUGUAAGAAAAUCUACAAUUAGCAUUUCUAUUAUUACAUUCCAAUAUAUAACUAAGAAUUUAUUAUUAUUCAUUCAGUAUGUAUACAGUGAUGAAAUGACCAAAGAUUAUCAUGACAAUGGAUAGUCUACACAAAUUACUAUUAUUCUAUAGUUUUAUGUUGAGUAAAAACAGAAGAAAAAAGAACAUUCUGUUUUGAUAUUGUUCGUUUAGUUCCAUUUAUUUGUUUGUUUCACAUCUAUUUUUUAUUGAUUACAGUUAUGUGUGUGUGCUUUUUUUUAACGCAACUGUUGAUGUUGUGUUACUAUCAUGUUGAUUAAUGAGAAUUUACCAUUUUGGAUAUCACAAACUAUACUACUACUUAAUCAUGAACAGUAGUUUUUUUUACUAUAACUAGUUUGUUUAGUGAAUAUUUAAACAUAUGAAUACAAAAUUUGUUUGAUUAUGGUUCCUUCUUUUUUUCUCUUUUAAAGAACAAUCAAGAAAAACUAUGUAUGAAUUCUACCUCACACUAUGUUUGUAAAUAUAUGUGUUCUUUUCUUCAAAUAAUUAAAAUAUAUAUAUUUACAGAAUUUUUAUUCAUAAAUUUUAAAGUGAGUGUUUACUUCAUAAAUAUCCAUAUAAACAUAAACUUGACUUAAAAAUCAAUACGACAUUCAAACGGAUUCGAAUAUUGAACAUCAGUUCUUAUUUUUAUGUUCUCUCUUUAUUGAUUAUUUGUUAUUGUAAUUGUGUUUUGUUCUUCUUUUUUUUGGUUUUAUAUUAUCGACAGUGAUAAUAAGAUGGACUUUUACAACAUAAACUUCAUUAUUUUACUAAAUUUUCCAUCGGUUAUUAUUAUUUAUGUAUAUAAGUGUGCUAAUCGUAUUGUUUAGCUUAUAGUCCUACUAGUUUCUUUUGUCUUUGUUGUUCUGGCUAUUUUCACUGUUUAUUUUUUAUAGUUAUUAUCAAUGUGAAUAUUUCUAGUGUGUAGUAGUAGUAGUAGUAAUUGUAUUAAAUAGUAAGGUUUAAUCACUGUUUAGAUAUGUUUCAAUGUUCUGUACGUUUGCUUACCGAAAUAUUAAUGAACUGUGUCAUAGUGUUAUGACAAUCAAUCUGUAUUUUGUUGUUUUAGUUUACAUUACAAACACAAAUAUUGAUGAUAAUAAAUAGUUCAUUUAAAUGAGAGACAAAUUUUAACAAAACUAUUGUACGUGUAAAUAGGCUAAUAGUUUUAUUUACAUUUUCAGGUAGAAAUAAGUAAAAUGUAACGUACAUAGAUUUAUGGUUAAAUGAUCAACAAAUUAUAAAUCCAC